AUGGCCAACAUCAACCCCGACCUAGAAAGUGCCUUGCGCAAACUCGAUGAAGAGCUGGAAGAAGGAGACAUUACUAGGAAAGGUUAUGAAAAGCGCCGGACGCUCAUCCUCUCUCAGUACCUUUCGCCCUCUCCAUUAUCGGCUUCGACCACCGCACCCACUUCGCGAGGCCUGCGAAUCCACUCACCUGACGACAGUGAUCAUCCUGCCUCUUCAAUUUCCAACGAGGCCUCGAGGGCCGCCUCUCUCGCUGCGCUAACUGGUUCUCCCGUCGCACCCGGCCCUGGCCAUUCAAGGAAUGGAACUUUGAGCGACAACUACUCCAGCAUCACUCGUCAGCGGGAGGAACAGUACCGAAGCACCACCCCUCAGAGCCAUGUUAACCGAUUUCAAGAGCGGGAGAUUGGUGGUCGACCACGCGGGUCAUUUGCAGGCUCCUCUGAGCCCCGCAAUGAUACCUUCAUCACUGCAAAUGAUCAAUCAAGGACACAGACUCUCGCCAGCCAGAAUUAUGCCUUCAACCCCGACACUCAACAAAAUUACCCGGGCGCAGACACUCGGAACUCUACCAUGCUAGAUUCUCAGCAGGGUUACUUCUCUGAUUUCGCUGGACAACAGCGUGAGGAUCACCAAGAGACAUAUGGCGGACAUGUGCACAGAUAUUCCCAGAGUGAGGUCACCUCGCCGACGGCUCAGGUCGCCCCUCCAUUCUUGAACCCAGGACAACUCGCAGGUGGUGCAGCAGUUCACCAGAUGCCAUUAGAGCCUAGAGAAGUGCCCUUCGCAAUCUGUGACCCUCAUGACUCUCAUAUCGAAAUGUCCAGUUUUGAAAACAUCGCCGCGGUCCUCCGAUAUCGAGCUACGACCAACCCUAAGCAGGCAGCCUACUGGGUACUGGAUCAGAAAGGAAAGGAACUAGUUUCCAUCACAUGGGAAAAGUUGUGCAGUCGAGCGGAGAAAGUGGGCCAAGUCAUUAGAGACAAGAGCAGUCUCUACAAGGGUGAUCGUGUCGCACUGAUCUACAGUGAAUAUGAAAUCAUCGAGUUUGCGGUGGCAUUACUUGGCUGCUUUAUUGCAGGAGUUGUGGCUGUCCCAAUCAAUGACCUGAAGAACUAUAAUCGACUCAAUGUCGUACUCACCUCAACACAAGCGCAUCUGGCCCUGACGACAGAGGCUAAUCUCAAGAGCUUUCAGCGGGACAUCACCGCUGCGAAACUCAGUUGGCCUCGAGGGGUGGAGUGGUGGAAAACCAAUGAAUUUGGGAGUUAUCAUCCCCGAAAGAAGGGUGAGGAUCCUCCGCUAGUGGUGCCAGAUCUCGCAUACAUUGAGUUUUCCACGGCACCUACUGGCGAUCUUCGUGGUGUUGUCAUGAGCCACAAGACCAUCAUGCAUCAGAUGGCGACUUUAAGUGCUAUGAUGACUUCCGCUACAAGCAAUACAAAAGCCGAUACUUUUAAUCCUUCCCUACGAGACAAGCAAGGACAUUUAAUCACAGGCUCUCGUCAUGGUGAGACACUGCUCAGCUAUUUGGACCCCCGCCAAAGCAUUGGAAUGAUUUUGGGCGUGUUGUUGAACAUAUACGGUGGCCACACUGUCAUCUAUAUCGAUCAACGAUCAAUCGAGACUGCUGGACUGUACGCAAAUUUAAUCACGAAAUAUAAAACAACUCUACUGGUGGCGGAUUAUCCAGGGCUGAAACGAGCGGUUUAUAACUACCAAGCCGAUCCUAUGACAACCCGAAAUUUUAAGCGGAACUUCGAACCUAAUUUCAGUUCGGUCAAGUUGUGUUUGAUUGAUACACUCACAGUUGAUGCUGAGUUCCAUGAACUUCUCGCCGAUCGCUGGUUAAAGCCGCUACGAAAUCCAAGGGCACGAGAGAUCGUGGCACCCAUGUUGUGUUUACCAGAACAUGGCGGGAUGCUCAUCAGCAUGCGUGAUUGGUUGGGUGGAGAAGAGCGUAUGGGCUGCUCUCUUACUCAUGAAAUGGAUCAUGACCGCGAUAUGGAAGAGGAUGAGAAGAAAGAAGACGAGCUUCAUGCAACCAAAUCUGGAUUUGGGAGCAGUUUAAUUGGCGGUGGAACCACUAAGCCUUCAACAAAGGUACGGUCAACUGAAGAUCUAGGCGAGGUUUUGCUCGAUAAAGAAGCUCUCAAAACCAACGACAUUCUUGUUCUAGCCAUGGGCUCGGAGGCGCGUGCCAAAGCGAGCUCGUACCCCAAUGCAGUCAGAUGCGGUGCAUUCGGCUAUCCUAUACCUGAUGCUACCAUGGCCGUCGUCGACCCUGAAUCCGGGCUUCUAUGCACACCAAAUACCGUGGGCGAGAUCUGGGUUGAUUCUCCCUCUCUCUCGGGUGGGUUCUGGGCACUCCCUAGACACACCGAAACCAUCUUUCAUGCGCGUCCAUAUUGCUUCAGAGAAGGCAAUCCAACGCCCACCGCAAUUGAUCCGGAGUUCCUUCGCACUGGCCUACUAGGAUGCAUAAUUGAGGGCAAGAUAUACGUCCUUGGUUUGUACGAGGAUCGACUCAGACAAAGAGUAGAGUGGGUGGAACACGGGCUUGAUGUACAAGAACACCGCUACUUCUUUGUCCAGCAUCUGAUUCUGAGCAUCAUGAGAAAUGUGCCCAAGAUCCAUGACUGUUCGGCUUUUGAUUGUUUCGUGAAUGACGAGCAUCUUCCAAUUGUUCUCCUCGAAUCAGCAUCCGCUUCGACCGCUCCUAUCUCAUCCGGCGGUCCACCCCGUCAACUUGAUAUUGCUUUCCUUGACUCUUUAGCAGAGAAGGCGAUGGAAGUACUCUAUCAGGAGCAUCAUCUCAGAGUGUAUUGUGUUCUGAUCACCGCGCCUGGUAUCCUCCCACGGGUAACGAAGAAUGGACGCCGAGAAAUCGGCAAUAUGCUCUGUCGCAAAGAAUUCGACACGGGGGCAUUACCUUGCGUCCAUGUACGAUUCGGGGUCCAGAGAGCGGUUCAAAACUUGCCAUUUGGUGAGGACAUCAGUGGUGGCAUAUGGUCGGCCGACUCGAGCGCAGCUCGCACUGAUUUGUUGUACGAACAAGAAACACAAUGGUCGGGGGUUGAUCCUCGAGAAGUGGUCAUUGAUGACCGGACUUCAACUGCCCUAAGCAAUUUCACAAACAUAUUUGACUUGAUGCAAUGGCGAGUAGCAAGGCAAACUGAUGAACUCGCGUAUUGCACCAUCGAUGGCAGAGGAAAGGAGGGCAAGGGCCUCACGUGGAAGAAAUUUGACACUCGGGUCGCAGCUGUGGCCAUGUAUUUACGCAACAAACUCAAGAUGAAACCAAGCGAUCAUGUCAUCUUGAUGUACACGCAUUCUGAGGACUAUGUUUUCGCUGUUUAUGCCUGUAUGGUAUUGGGAGUUAUCGCAAUUCCUGUCGCUCCUCUCGACGCCAAUCGACUUUCGGAAGACGCGCCCGCCUUUCUGCACAUCGUAGCAGAUAUGGGGGUGAAGGCAGUCCUUUGCAACACAGAAGUCGACCAUCUUUUCAGGCAAAAAAUAGUGUCUCAACAUCUCAAGCAAUCCGCACAAUAUCUCAAAGCACAUAUUCCCAUCGUUUACAAUACCACAAAACCCUCCAAGCAGUCCCAUGGCUGCAGAGAUCUUGGUCUCACGAUGAACCGUUCCUGGGUCUCUCCCACCAAUCCUGUAAUUAUCUGGACGUACUGGACUCCUGAUCAACGACGGAUUUCUGUCCAGCUCGGCCAUGACACCAUCCUUGGAAUGUGUAAGGUCCAGAAAGAAACCUGUCAAAUGACAAGCUCAAAGCCGGUCCUGGCAUGUGUCAGGAGCACAAUAGGGAUCGGGUUCCUCCAUACCGUGUUAAUGGGUGUAUAUAAUGGCAGUGCAACUUAUCUGAUUUCGCCAUUGGAUUUUGCUCAAAAUCCAAGCUCUCUAUUUCUUGCUUUGUCUCGCUAUAAAGUCAAAGAUACCUAUGCCACGACUCAGAUGUUGGACUUUGCCAUGGGACAUGUGCCAGGAAAAGGGUUCUCCCUUCAUGAAAUGCGAAAUUUAAUGAUUGCCACCGAGUCAAGACCGAGACUUGAUCUUUUCUCCAAGGCCAAAACGCAUUUUGCGCAGACUGGUCUGGAACGAACCGCCAUCAACACCAUCUAUGCCCAUGUACUAAACCCAAUGAUAGCAUCCCGAAGUUACAUGUCUAUCGAGCCGAUCGAAUUGUGGCUGGAUGUUCGAGCGCUUCGAAGAGGACUCAUCUAUCCAAUCGAUCCUGACAGCGACCCGACAGCACUAUGCAUUCAGGACUCAGGAAUGGUCCCUGUGGCAACUCGCAUCGCAGUUGUAAAUCCAGAGACGUGUCAAUUGUGCCGUGUCGGCGAGUUUGGAGAAAUUUGGGUACAAUCAGAAGCGUGUGCAAAAGCAUUCUAUAUGUCGAAAUCUCCUUUUGACCAAGAGAGAUUUGGCGGACGUCUUGUUGGUGGUGAUCCCAACAAUACCUAUGUUCGUACUGGUGACCUUGGGUUCCUCCACAAUGUUACCAGACCUAUUGGGCCGGGCAAUCAACCUGUGGAAAUGCAGAUUCUGUUUGUCCUUGGAAAUAUUGGCGAGACGUUUGAAGUGCAUGGUCUGAAUCACUUCCCUAUCGAUAUUGAGAACAGCGUAGAAAAGUGUCAUCGAAAUAUCACACCUGGAGGUUGUGCAGUUUUCCAGGCCGGUGGAAUGGUUGUUGUUCUGGUGGAAGUUUUCCGAAAAGCGUACCUGGCUUCGAUUGUGCCAGUCAUUGUUAACGCUGUCUUGAAUGAGCACCAGAUUGUGGUUGACAUAGUCGCUUUCGUUGGAGAAGGUGACUUCCCACGAAGUCGACUAUCAGAAAAGCAAAGAGGUAAAAUCUUGGCCUCUUGGGUUACCAGGAAGUUGAGGACGAUCGCCCAAUUUGGCAUACGGGAUGCUGAUGGGCCUGAUGCACAAGACUCUGGAUUAUUAGCAGAGCGGAGAAGAACAAGCAUGGCGGGCAAGACUAGCAGCAGCCAGCAUGAACAGCCUCGAGCUUCCAUGGCAUCUGAGACACAAACAAAUCCAGGUCAAUCCGAAAAGCUCUCUAGCAGGUCCAGUAUAAUGCCGGAAUUGCCACUCUCUUUGCCACCAAAUCACUAUCAGAUCGAUCCGACCGGGAUGUAUGAGCAGCCAAUGACUCAGGCUGAGAAGAAGGCUCCUGCGGUAGCAUUAAAUGAUCGACCUUACAGCCUUCCAGAGGGGGUGGUGGAGAUGCCUACCAACUUUCAGGACGUCGAAGAACCUGAGAAUCCCUACUUGACUGACGAGAAAUUCUUUGACCCCAAUGCCGAUUGGAAUCGUCCAUGGGAGGACUACAAUACUCAAGAGCUGCAGACUGAGUCUGCUCCUGGGGGGCCUCCUCGAUUGUCCCUUGUUAAUCCUGACAACUACUCGGCGAAUGGUAGCAAUGAAAACACACCCACUUCAUACACGGCGACAGCGACACCAACUUCAACUCUACGAGCGAUGAAUCUGUCAGAGGAGCGUCCGGACGAAAGUCCUUACGAAGAUCAAGGGAACCCUUUCAGAAAUUCGAUACCUGCGUCUGUGCCCAGCUUCGAUUUUGUUACAUCACCAACAGGAAGGAAUCCAGCCCGUGAUCAGAUGGCCAAUGCCUCAGCAGCGUACAGUCAAAUCACCUCCACCACGGGCCGUGCGUUGCUCCCCAGUCAGCAGCCUCGGUAUCCAAAUUAUAAUCAAGACGCCAACCGGUCCCGACAGUUCAGCGAGAACUCGUACGAAGCAAAGGAUCUUCCACAAGAAGCGUUGCUCUAUACCUCAGGGUACGGAAGAACCCCUUCAGGAAAUCUGCCACCACAGCAACAGCCACAACGUACGCUACAUCCGCAGGGUCGGCAAAGCAUAGACUUGAGCAGUGUGUCCGGGAGUGUCAGGAGGCGAUAUGAUGGGAGUGGUUACGAUGACUACGAGUACUAG